AUGGCGGCAGCCGGACGAGCUGUGCUGUAUCCCUAUCCCUUCCUCUUCUCUUUCUUGUCUUUCUUUCUUUCCUUCCUUCCUCUUCCUCUCCCUCCCUCUGCCCAGCCCCGUCCCGCUCUCGGGCCGGUGGCGGCGGGGCGCGCGCACCACGUGACCGGCGGGACGACUCGCGCCGCACGUGACGCUCCUGAAGCAUCACGUGACGGGAAGGCGGCGUCCCACGAGGGACAAAACACCUCGAGGGACGGAGGCCGUCCCUCGCGUGGCGUCACUUCCCGCCGCCCGGGCAGCAGCGGCAUCAUGGCGGAGGCCGAGGAGCAGCCGCCGCCCGCCGCGGCGCAGAGCGGCGGCCGGAGCGACGACGGGGAGGAGACCCCGGAGGGCGGGGCCGCGGCGGGGCCUGCCGAACCGGGUCCGCCCCCGGCCGGGUCGCCGGGCACCGAGGAGCCCGCGGGCGACGCGAAAAAGAAAAUUGAUGUGCUGCUGAAGGCUGUGGGCGACACCCCCAUCAUGAGGACCAAGAAAUGGGCGGUGGAGCGGACCCGGACCAUCCAGGGCCUUGUGGACUUCAUCAAGAAGUUUCUCAAGCUGAUGGCCUCCGAACAGCUGUUCAUUUAUGUAAACCAGUCUUUUGCUCCAUCUCCAGACCAAGAAGUGGGGACCCUCUAUGAGUGUUUUGGAAGUGAUGGCAAGCUUGUACUGCAUUAUUGCAAAACUCAGGCAUGGGGAUGAAUGACUGACAACACAGUUGUUCAGGUGUUCUCUUCAAAAAUGGAGAAAGGACUAACUUAAAGUCAAGCUGUAAACACACGGAAAGAGGGAUUUUUGCAUUGCUGCCUAUGAAAAUAUGAUGCAGGUGAAUAGCAUAAGCAAAGAGCUGGCUAGAUUAUACAAUCACAUGGCUUUUUUCUGAUGUACACUUGGGGUGCAGAGAAAACACCUGCAUCUGCCAUGUCGGGUAGAGCCAGAGCUCUUGCUGCUAACUACUUAAUUGCUGUAUCUGAAGGGAAACUAUUUCAGUUUUCUGCAGGACUGACUGGACAGCUCUGUCUGUAUGCUGUACUGAAGAUAAGAGAACCUUUUUAUUAAAAGUGAUGUCUGUUGUA